CCCGUCCCAGGAGAAAUUUUUCUCUUGGCUAUGGAUGUUGUGAUUGUCCAUAGGUGGUAGACGGUCUCUGACUGUCGAACGUGGAGGUACCACCCGGCGGAUCUCGUAGGCGGAGCCAGAAUGUGUGCAUGUUGCAUGCACACGUGUUCCCUCGCCAGAGUCCGUGUGGCGUUCCCCCUUUCCCCUGUAUCUCCAAUGGGUGUUUAGGCCUUAGGC